UUCUUCGUAAUGUUUCUAACAACAUUUAACACGAGAAAAUUUUAUGAAACUCGCAAUGCUUGGCAUUCUGGAUGGUGGGGACUGAAAUUCCUUAUACUGAUGAUAUCAUUGGCGAUUCCAUUCUUCAUUCCCUCAUAUUACAUUCAAAUAUACGGUGAACUUGCUCGUGUUGGUGCAGGGGUUUUUCUGAUUCUGCAGCUCAUAAGUGUCAUUGAGUUUAUCACCUGGUGGAAUAACUAUUGGAUGCCUGAUGACAGAAAUAAAUCUAGCUGUUCCCUCGGAUUAUUCAUGUCAACACUAUUUUAUAUAGUCUCUGUAUGUGGCCUGGUGGUGAUGUACAUGCUUUAUGCCUCAAAACCAUCGUGCGCUCUUAACAUAUUCUUCAUCACGUGGACUGUGAUUUUGCUAGUCGUGAUGAUGGUUAUAUCCUUGCAUUCCAAGGUGAAUAGAGGCCUUCUCUCUUCAGGGAUCAUGGCAUCUUAUAUUGUAUUCCUUUGUUGGACUGCUAUCAGAAGGUAACAAUGGUAUUCUCUAUUGGUAAAAAAAUACCCCUUUUGAUAUCUCCCCAUGCCGAGUCUUCUUUAAAGGGAUCCUUUAAUCUUGACACUCGUCCAACCUAUACACGUGGUAGGGGUCAUUGGAUUGCACUACUAUUAUGAUAUCCAAUACUGUUUACCAAACAUGCACUAAAAACGAUCACGUGAGAACUAGUUGAAAUUGUCAGAGGCCGUUUAACAUAUACAUUUCACCAGGAAACUCAUACAUUGGUUUGAUAUGCACAAAUUGGUUUUCUAAGAUUUUGUUUUAUCCUUAGAUUUUUCCGUCUAUUCGCUUUCCAUCCCACGCCACUAGUUGUUACUAGCU